ACGUAACAAAGGAAGAACGAUUGUUAUGGUUUACAAUUUAUUAUGAUUUUCAGAUUUGAAUGAAAGAUGCCAUUCACUUAUAAUUACUUCGGAGCUGUUGAAAUCUUAGAGAAUGCGGUUAAAUGGAUAGCGUCGGGGGCUAUGGUGGUUGGGGGGGUUGUACCUUACGUACCACAAUACAGGGCGAUCAAAAAAUCUGAGAAUUCUGACGGAUUUUCAACUUACGUUUGUCUUGUUCUUUUAAUUGCAAACCUGUUGAGAAUAUUUUUUUGGUUUGGCCGGAGAUUUGAAUUACCGUUGUUGUUACAAAGCAUUAUCAUGAUCCUUACAAUGCUUGCGAUGCUCGAUCUUUGCGUUAAUGUUCAAAUGAUGCACGACCUCAGCUCAAGAAGAAGGGCUUUUAUUGAUUUUGAUCACCGUUACUUUUGGAAAUGGACGCGGUUUUCCGAUUACGUUCAAGCUGUGCUGAUGUUCACAGCUGUUGGUGGUUACACAACAUAUUUGUUCAAUAGUUCCGUCGUGUUCGUCGAAACUAUAGGAUUCCUCGCAGUUUUUACAGAAGCCAUGCUGGGCGUGCCACAAUUUUACAGAAAUCAUCAAAAUAAAUCGACUGUGGGCAUGAGUUUGCAGAUGGUGUUAAUGUGGACAAGCGGAGAUAUUUUUAAAAGCACAUAUUUCAUCAUGAACUCGGCUCCUGCGCAGUUUUGGAUUUGUGGUAUUUUGCAAGUUUGCCUCGACGUUGCGAUUCUUGUUCAAGUUUGGUAUUAUUCAAAGUUUCCACAAACCACCAGGAAAGCUGCGUUGUAACACCGGCUGGAUUAUUUUAGGUUGAUUUUUAUUUGUUUUUGUGUAAAUAUAUUUUGCAACACUAGGUGAAUGCACUUUUUAUUGAAUUAUAUUUGAAAUAUUCUCAUAUUGUUCAUUAUUUAAUGUGUUGAUGAAUAAAUUAAAUGAAUUGAAAUUCUAAAUAAAACAUUUUUAUUAAAUCAAAAUAUUUUUAAGCAAUAAUAAUAUCUGUUUUGCUGCUUUGCCUUAAAUUAUUUUAUCGAUGAAAUACUGUUUGUGCCUUUUGUCCCAGAUGAAAUAAAGAUAUUAUAAAUGU